AUGGUGCUCGAUUCGUUCCACCAGUUCGUUGCCCUUCCGUUCGAGCUUCGGCGGAUGAUAUAUCUACUUGCAUCGCCGCCCCGUUUCGUUCAUGUAUUGGAAGAGACCGAAGAUAGGGAUGAUUUUGAAGAAAGAUUCAGAACAUCCCUCGUACCGAUACAGCUUCGCCCUUCUAUAGCGUAUUUCGCGCGCCAUUGGCGGGGACGUAUCCCAUUCCCACCCGUGCGGUGGAAGUGGUACGAUGGACGACGUCAGACAACUCUUGAGAGGUACGGGUUCGAUAGUCCCCGUUCUCGAAACUCCCUCCCUUGGAAGCCAACAAGAGACGUACCGGAAAUACCUUACAACUUCCUAUCCGAGAAUCCCGACGUCGCGUGGGAGUUUCUGCGUACCAGUUCAUUUUACAGCACCGCACCGAUACCUACGAUGCUACAUGUUACGAGAGAGUCUCGUCAUGUGUUGAUGGGGUUUGGGUAUGAGUUGGCAUUUCCGACGAGAAGCUGCGGUCCACGUAUCUGGUUUAACUUCAAGACCGAUGUACUGUACCUCGGUAAGAUUGAAGACCGAGAAGACCGUCCAUUCUGCGAUUUCUUGAGUGGUAAUAAAUUUUGGGAUGUCGGGCAGUUUGACCCCCAUGAUUUAAGGCGGAUUAGGCGAAUUGCACUAGAAUCUUCAGCAGAUGCUGUCUGCUUUGGUAACAAAGACGUUAUGCAUGGUGUAUCCGACAUACUUGAGCUAUUGGGCAGCGUCGAAGAGCUUUUCCUUGAGGAGUUUGGGUGGAGCUAUGAGUUAUCUCAACACGCAGAGCAAGAGAACGGUCGAUCUCUGUGGGUUUAUGCGCCAGUCUUAGAGGUCGAUGUUCUGGCAAACGUUGUCUAUGGAAGCACCCCCCCAAGGUCUACUGGAUACGAGGGCCAAGAGCUCAGAGCCUAUAAAGAAAACAACAUGGGCGACGGGAGAGACUUCUUUGUCGAUAAAGCUCGUAGAUUUGAGGAAACAUUAGAGGCGAGGAGGGAUGAGCUUGUACGCAGUCGCUCGUUAACUCCGUGGAGGAUCCCGAAGGCCACCUUGGGGUAUAUCCUUCCUCAAUGGAUGUGCAAAGCCUUAUAUAAAUGGAGAUGGACUAUUUGGAAUCGCCAUCGGGCCCUGAAGGAGGAAGAGGCACGGUCCAAGGCCUUCGAAGCAGCGCAACGGUCCAUUGACGUGCCAAGAAGACCAAUCGACGGAAAUAGGCGCAACGAGGACUCGCCGCCAUCUCCGUUCAGUGAAGCUUUUCGAGACGACAUGGAAGCUCUUGAGGAGUCCCUGAGGCAGGAGGACGUGAGACCUGUGCCUGCUGACUUUUAUAUGUCUCAUCUUCCUAUACAGCGUAACUGGCUACUUACUGCCACUGUACCCCCUCCAGAAAACUGA